ACAUCCCUUCUACAUCAGAUAACCCCCAAGUCCCCCCCACUUCUCUUCACUUCUACACACAGGCACUUCAACCCUAACCCUUCCCAGCGCCGUCGCCACCCUGGUUGUCUUCCCGCUGCCACCAGAAAGAUGGGGGAAGAGGAAGUCAAGGGAGGACCAGUAGUUCCGGAGUCAGUUUUGAAGAAGCAGAAAAGGAAUGAGGAAUGGGCCUUGGCAAAGAAGCAGGAGCUUGAAUCAGAGAAGAAGAAAAGGGCUGAAAACCGGAAACUGAUUUAUAGCAGAGCCAAACUCUAUGCAAAGGAGUAUGAUGAGCAGCAAAAAGAGCUGAUUCGAUUGAAGCGUGAGGCCAAACUUAAGGGAGGUUUUUAUGUUGACCCACAAGCUAAGCUGUUGUUCAUUAUCCGGAUCCGUGGUAUCAAUGCCAUGCACCCAAAGACAAGGAAGAUUUUGCAGCUUCUGCGAUUGAGACAGAUAUUCAAUGGUGUCUUUCUGAAAGUAAACAAAGCGACAGUGAAUAUGCUGCACAGAGUUGAGCCUUAUGUGACCUACGGGUAUCCAAAUUUGAAGAGUGUCAAAGAAUUGAUUUACAAAAGGGGAUAUGGGAAACUUAACAAGCAGAGAAUUGCUUUGACUGACAAUUCCAUAGUUGAACAGGCUUUGGGUAAGCAUGGAAUUAUUUGCACGGAAGAUCUUAUACACGAGAUUAUGACUGUUGGACCCCACUUCAAGGAGGCAAACAAUUUCUUAUGGCCAUUCAAGCUCAAGGCUCCCCUUGGUGGUUUGAAGAAGAAGAGGAAUCACUAUGUUGAAGGAGGUGAUGCUGGAAAUCGCGAAGAUUACAUCAAUGAGCUCAUCCGGAGGAUGAAUUAGGUCUCUGCCCUUCAAAAUUUUGAGAUUCUACCUGGCAUGUUAUUGUUCUUCGAAGUUGUCAGAGACUUAACUCCCCUCUCUUAUAGUCAACUAGUGGGCUUUAUUGUUCUCAACAGCACAUUGCAGUUUGUUAGUUUGUCAUGGGUUUCAGAUUUUCUUUUAUUGAAAAUUCACUUUACCUCAAUGUACUUUCGUUUUUUCAUAUUAAGGUCUGGUUUUUCUUUUCUCAGUUAA